AAACCAUGCCAAAGUACUACUGUGAAUAUUGCGACAUCUACCUAACGCACAGCUCCCCAGUGGGGCGCAGACAGCACAUUCAAGGGAGAAAACACAUAAGUGCAAAAAUUGAGUAUUUCCAAAAUUUGCUAAGGGAAGAAGGCAUAACCCCACAGAACUUUUUAGGGUUUCUAGGAAACGACGCGUUCAAUAAUGUACUAGGAAACCCAAUGAUGAAUAAUAUGAUGCCAGGAAAUUUCCCCAUGCGUAUGAAAUGUAACAAUAUGAAGCACCACUCACAUCAUUCGCGUCAUUCACAUCGCCAUCAUAUGUCCCAUGGUAGGUACUCCAGGGAAAGGCACGGGCAUCAUAGUUACUCUAGUAAAUAUCACUCGCACCCUAUGCACAUGAAUAGCAAUAGCAUCGGUAGCAUGUCAGGGUUUCAAAACAAUAAAUAUUCUGGUAGUUUUUUCCCCCCACCAAAUUCUAUGCAUGGUAAUGGGAAGAUGUUUAAUAAUGUCAUUCGAGACUUGGUAAGUAAUGUAAAUAUUGAGAAUGACCCAAGUAAGGACAGUCAGAAUGAGGGACGAAUUGGAGCUAAUGCGAUUGACAACUCAAGUAGCAGCAUACACGAUAAGGGAGAUCAAGGCGAUCAGCGGGAUCAUGCCAAUCACGCCGAUCGGGCCGACCAGACCGAUCAGGGAGAUAAUACCGAUCCGGUCAAUGCCGAUGAUGGAACUGUGAAUAAGAAUGAUGAGGUGAGUGUGGAUGCCU